CACUUAAUAUAUUCGAACUUAAAGUUAGAAUAAAAUCAAACGAGAACCUAAUGUAAAAUUGAAUUUAAUAUACGUGUAUAUCAUACGAAAGGAUGUCUGCUGUGACGAAAUUCAAAGAAAACAAGCCAGAGCCUGUGGCUUACAGUGAAGCAGCUCUCAGAAACAAUGCGGUGGUUGUCGAAUACUGUCGUACUUCUAUGGCUGCAUUGUCAGGAUCCACUGCAGGUGUUCUUGGUCUCACUGGGCUCAAUGGCUUUGCAUUCUACGUGUUUGCAGUUGUAAUGCUCUGGAUAAUGUUCUUAGUCAAAGUUGGACCACAUUGGAGCAAGUAUUUUAUAACCAGACAGAGUGUUCUGACAAAUGGAUUCUUUGGAGCAUUAUUUACAUAUGUACUAUUUUGGACGUUCAUUUAUGGGAUGGUUCAUGUUUAUUAGGUUAUACAAGUUAAAGUUGUUAUUCAAUAAGAGGUAAUAGGAAUAUAAGGUAUAUUGUACAUUAUACUACUACUAUAUUAUAGUAUCCAAUUAUAUUUAUACUAGACUAUUUUGCAAUGUAAAAUUUGAAUAAAGAUUGUGAACAGUAUUUAGAUUAAAUUAAUCAGAAUCACAUAACAUUGAUGCACUUGAUAAUUCUAAAUCUUUUUAACGGUUAACUGUUUGUUUGGGCUUCAAUUUUGCUACCUACCUAACUAAAUAUUAUACUAGAUCAAAAGCAGGCAAGUGUUUCUUAAAAGUGGACUAAAUAGCGAAAUAGGGUGCUGAGGUAACCAAAAUAGUACUUUCAAAGAUAAUUUACUGAGGAAGGAUUGAGAGCCAGGAGAUUUAUUAAUUACUAAAUAGAAAACAAUACUGAAAUAUUGGUAAUCUGGGGUCUACAUUAUGCCAUCAAAAUCACCUAAAGUGAACAUUUGGCAAAGAAACUAUUCUUUUUUGUCACAACCCUGUUAAUAUGACCACAUAUUGCAGUAGGUGUGUAGAAUAGUUAUAGGCUGAAAGAUUAUUAAACCCCUUUUACCUAUAAACAAUUUUUAUCCAGUAGGAUGUACUGUUUUGUUAGUAUCCCUAUACUAACCUCUAUAUUCAUAUUAAUUAUAAUAUAAUGCACAUUCGAACUAAGUGUCCCACUCAGUGGCAGCCUCAGCUGCAAGAAAUCAAUGAGGUGUUAACAUAGCUCGUGUAUAGCAUUAGUGUAGGGGAAAUAUCUCUAAAAUUGUUACCAUUCCCAAGUAUGAAACUAAACAACAUGCUUACAGAAACUAUAAUUGUAUUUAUUGUUAUUGAUGAAGAGCUAUUGCAGAAUUGGAUGUAAAAUAGCAGGAAGGACCCAGCCACAAUAUGUUUGGAAAGACUAUAUAAUAACAAAAUCAAUCUUUACUGAAAAGCAAAGGUUGAUAAGGUUUUCUUUUUCAAUAUGUUGUUAUGUUGAGGUAGUAAAUUAUGACUUUGAUAAAAGCUCUUAAAGAAAAGUUUGUGAGUUAAGUUCUUUAUGUUAUAAUGUUCCACAGUACUACACUAGUCUUGUGUUGACUUCAGCAUAAUUUUGUUCAGCAAAACUAGGUUUUGAUGUACAGAGUCAGAGUAAAAAAUGUAAAUAAUAUAUUCAUGUUUUCAAUGUAAGCCCUGAUCCAAACUUAUUUGUAAAGAGAGAACUACAAAUGUUGUUAAAUAAAUUAUUUAAUAUUCUUCGUUAAUACAUUUUAUCGAUGAUAAAUGCAUUUGUUUUAUAAGAAGGUUGAAGAAUAAAGUAUUGUGAUACUUAA